AAAGACAUGAAGAGAGAUGGCCGAAUGCUACGGCCACUGUGGCUGUCGCUCUUAUUUUUCACGACUGAGCUGACAGCGGUCGUCGAUGGCCUGUUGAUGGACUUCCACCUGCAAUCAACUAUCCCCCCGGGGGUCAUUUCACACUCCGAGCUCAAUGUGCCUUCAACCUGUUACUGCAAAAUCAAAUGCAUCAUUGACGACAAGUGCUCACACGUUGCCAUUCACGACGAUGGGUCAGGUACAACUAACUGCUUCUUCAGCGAUGCAAGAGUGGGCCAGCUUAUUACGCUAGAGCAAAAUCCCUCGGCCAUCACUUUCUCUAAACCAGCUCAAUCGACUGCACCGUCAGAAGCGACAACAACCACUCCAGCUACGACCUCAACAACCACUCCAACUACAACAUCCACAACUUCAAGUACGUCUUCAACAGCCACUUCGACUACGAUAUCAACAACCACAACAUCCCCUACGACUACAACUAUAACAACAACAACAACAACAUCCCCUUCGACUACAACUACAACAACAACAACACCCCCUACGACUACAACUACAACAACAACAACACCAACAACAACUCUCUCUACUUCGUCAACAACAUCAACUACCACUACAACUGUAGCGACGACAACAGCAGAGUGUGCUAAUGUGGGAUCAGUUGCGUGCCUGAAACCAGGUCCGGGUCAAGUGACUGGCACCAACGCAUCAGCUGGCUGUGGAGCUGGAGAGACCCUCUAUUUACCACAAACCCAAAAUGACUUUGAAGGUCUGACAAGCUUCUACACGGCUAACCCCGGGUUGCUACCACAUAGUGCCUGGGUUAACAUGAGAAACAAGCAAUGGACCAACAACGUCCCAGUAAAGAACAAAAACUGGGCUAACACUCAACCAUCUUCUGUGGGAAGCAGCUGCGCAAUAAUAGACGUUUCGCAAGGCUUUUUGCUCAAGGAACAUGACUGCGGAAACAGCCAAUACUCACUCUGCAUCCGGAAUUAAAGGAGUGGACCUAAGAACGCAGUGACAUGCCUCCUGGCCGCGAUAUUCCUGGCAGAGGCCACCUUGAAGCUGUUAUAUAAUAAUUAUUCUAUUUGGCUAUUCAUCUUAGGGCUGCCUAAUGUCAAUGAAUGGGAACCUAAUGCACCUAACACGAUGUAACCCUGAAAGACUUUCAAUUUCCAUUUCAUUUCGUUGUCUGCUACUGUCAUUUCAGAUUUUUCCUGUGGGUGCCAGAGGUUUAGAACUUACCCUGGUAUGGUUCGGGUGGCGAGCGAAGGGAGCCCUAUCAGCUUGGGGUAGGGGGUCGCUUUGAGCCCCGGCCCCCACCCCCAGGAAUGUUUUGGAAAUUUGUGCGCAUUUCGAAACCAUAUGAGGGUGAAUUUUACUAUUAUUAUUAUUUAAAAAGCUAUGGGGCAGACAAGUCUUUUGGGGAGUGGGCAUUAGUGUCUUGUGGGGGGCAAGUGCACGCCCACCCCCACCCCAACCUGAAGGUGAAAACGUGUAUCUUUAUCAUAUAAAUUUUGAGGAUGUUAAUUUACUAGCUUCCUUAAUUGUAAACACCGAAGGUCAACGUCUAUUAUUUUUAUUUCAUAAAGUGAAGUUUUAUCAAGCUGGUUUGGAAUGUUUUAACAGCAUCAAGAACACUAUUAUUUUUUGUAAACCGAAGCUGCAACUACUAUUAUAACCAGGCAGAGACGAUUUAUCUCACAAAUUGCAAUUGGAACUAACAUAGUUCACUGGUUCAUGACAACGUCAUUGCAAUUUAGUCUUGUCACAUAGCUAUAAAACAUAUAUUGUAUUCAAAAAAAUCCUGAACAGACUUUGACAAUAAUAAAGUAGAUAUAAG